AUGGGUGCCUACAUUGCAAAGAUGUUGCUGCCCACCAUCAGUAGCGUGGUAUUCCUGCCCACUGCCAGCAUAGCAGCCAAGCGAGGCUUCCACAUGGAGGCCAUGGUCUACUUCUUCACCAUGUUCUUCAGCGCGAUCUUUCAUGCCUGUGAAGGGCCGGGUUUGGCCAUCCUAUGCUUCAUGAAAUAUGACAUUCUGGAGUACUUCAGCGUGUAUGGCACAGCGUUGUCAAUGUGGGUUACACUAAUUGCUCUGGGUGACUUCGAGGAGCCUCAGCGUUCCAGCCUCACCAUGUUUGGAGUUCUGAGCAUUGCAGUACGGAUUUACCAGGACCGCUGGGGAUACGGGAUCUACUCAGGUCCUAUCGGCUCAGCAGUCUUUAUCAUCACUGUGAAAUGGCUCCAGAAGAUGAAAGAGCUGCGAGCAGUGUACCCUGACAAGCACAUCUACACUCAGCAGGUUGGUCCUGGCUGCUGUUUUGGUGCCUUGGCGCUCAUGCUGCGCUUCUACUUCGAGGAGUGGGACUAUGCCUACGUUCACAGCUUUUACCACCUGUCACUGUCCGUGUCCUUUGUUUUGCUGUUACCCAAGAAGAACCGCUACGCCGGCUCGGGACGCAAUGCCGCUAAGCUCAGCUGCUGGACACUAUGCUGCUGCAGCAUGUCACCGGCCUCCUACAAGGAGAAGAAAGAUACACCAGAAAAGAAAGAUACAUCUGAGAGGAAAGGUACACCGGAGAAGAAAACUACUCUGGAAAAGAAAGACAUGACUGAGAAGGAGAAGAAGCCCUCGGUGUGCCGCUCACUUUUGAAUGCCUUCUCCGUGUCCAAAAAGACUUCCACGUUGCCCCUUUUCUCCCCUCCUCCCUCUUCACCUGUCAUAGGCACCAGCAUCAGCAAGCUGAAGGAGAUGAACGGGUGGAAGUGA